AUGAAUUUUAAGCCGAUCACUUAUGUGCCAAUAAAAUUAAGACCAGGAUUGGCAAAAAUGAAUUAAGAUUUACAAAAAUGCAAAUUUGAAGCAAUUCAAUAUGCUAUUUGUGCAAGUCAAAAAGGAUAUGAAGUGGAAGAGAAGUAAUGCCAAAAGGAAUUUGAAAUAUAUAGUUCUUGUUUGAAAAAAUGA